CUUUCUUCCAAGUCGUUUCUUUCUGCGGUGUGCAGCUAUGUUUCUCGCUUUCUUAGAUCGACUUCGUCGCAGAAACGCGCCCGUACCGCGACGAUUUCUUCUCUCCACUCGGAUCUUUCUGUCUCGAUCUCGUUCCCACCUGUUCCACUGAAUCGAAGACGCCCACGGUUUCCUUGGACGUCUCCAUUUCCUUUGCUGCAUGCGUUCGCCCCCUCCGAGAGCCGCUGCAGCUGCAGAUUGCCUGAUCUCCCAGUGCUGUCUUCUUCCACCACAUUCCUCUUGAGCAUCCCUUCCAUGAAAAUAUGCAGGAGAACUGAGCCAGGUAUUUAAAUGUGCAUAGGAGCAUUUCAAUCUGUCAUGGCACACGCCAUUGCAUUCGCUUAGAUCCUCUUGUGCUUAUGCGUACCUUGUCGCUUUUUUCGUACUUGGUCUUUCCUGUAGUUUUUCAGCGAGCCUCUCGGUUGUCCCUAGAAGACGAGAGACUCGGUCUAGGCAGUUGCGGCUGGUUCGACUGGAGCGGAAAUGAGGAGACGCACACACUCGUCUUUCGGUCGUCGCGAUUCGAGGAGGCGGGCGGUCGCGUCGUGGACCGAUCUGCGAGCGGAGCUCCUCCUUUGAAUUCGCUUUUUUUUUUCUGGGGAGCAACUGAACUUUUCGUCUCCACAUCUGUUCUUUCUCCUCGCUUGCCUGGGGUGGAGGCACGACGACGCAGAAGAGGCGGCCGAAAAUGCGAAGCUGGACUUCUUUCCGUUCCACCUUUCCCCCCGCUGUGUCGUUGAGAAGCUGCACCUGUGGCAUCGGAGCGUCGAAUACACUCCACAUCUCAACUGGUGAUGCUGCUGUGACUCAGUCGCUGUCUGACCAGUCAGUUUUCUACGCCGGACAACGCAGUUGAUUCAGCUCCACAGCCGGACAUCUGCAGAUCUAGAUGUGAUGUUAAGACGCAUAGAACCUGCACAGCGUUCUGCGCCCACACCUGCGCGGUCGCUCUUUCUCCUUCUUUUCUGUCUCGUUUCUUCUUUUUUGUUUCCGCCAAUUUCUCCAGAUCUCUCAUCCUCUUCGACGGGUCAAUGGCGGCUCACGGAGGAGCAGCUGUCUGUACACUCCUUCACGUCUGCUCUCGCCGUGUCGAGGAAACGUGACUUCUCGGGAAGCAGACAUGACCUUUCUUUUUGCCCCUAUGGAGGUUUGAGCGACUACUCGCUUUCUCCGAAGCCAAGUCGAGAGAAAUCCACUGCUGUUUCCUGGACUUUCUCGCCUGUUAAAUUCGAAAGAUGUCGCUUCUCCUUUGUCAAUGCUACAGGCCUCGGAGUCACUUCUCCCUGGUGUCCUCCUUCCCUUCCCGAAACCGAACGCAUCCCGAGCUGCUUUGUUCCUCUUUCUUCUUCGUCUUCUUCACUGACUCACUCUGACGUUUCAGCUUCUCAUCCCCUUUCUUCUUCUGUCUCUUCUGUCUCUUCUGUCUCCCUUCCUUCCGCUUGCUCUCGCCUUCUCUUCGCUGCGCUGUGCCCACUCCUCUGCUCUCCUUUUUGGCCCUCGAGAGCGUCAACGCACUGGCGCAUGCAACGAAGACGCAAGUCGACUCUCUCGCCGGUCGCGUUUCUUUCCACGCCUGGCUCUCUUGAAUUUCUCCGUCGCUUGCCGUCUCCGUCUUCUUCUCCUUUGUACUCCACUUCUAAGAGCGCUCCGAGAAGCAGGCUCUUCUUUCUCCCCAUUUCUCUUCCGCUCGCUGCAGCCCCCACGAACAGACCCGCGGGAGAUCCGGCGGUGCGGGCGUCUUUUCCAGGUGUACAUGCCCCCCGCGAAACGGGGAGUCCAGCGGCUUCCUCCAGACUGCAUGCGCGACACUGCCCGGAAGGCGGAGAGACCGCCUGGCCUGCGAGCGCUGCGCCGCCGCCAGGCAUUCGAGCUCCUCGCUGGACGGUCGACACAGAGGGAAAUUUCAAGAUUCUUGAACAACACGGACCGCCACAAGAUCAGCGCUUGGUGGGCUGGGAGGAUGUGCUCGUGGAGGAACGACGGUCGUGGAAUGCGACAGGGAAGACAGAAGAGCAGAUUCUCAGAGGCGAGAAGACGCUGACCUUUGCAGAAAAGUUCCAACAAAGGAUCUUCGAAGCUCGAAAAAUCCCGCAUUUCCAAUUUGUUCAUCACCAGCCUCGAGGGCGCCCUGCUCUCUGGAUUGUCCGACCCAAACAAGGCGCGUACUGCGAGUUGAUGAAGGACGACAACCCACGGGUCCACUCUCUCGUUUCCCGAAUUCGCAGACGCUUCGAUCGCAAUGCUCUGGACAUUUUCAACAUCACGCUCACCGCAGACAUGCCGCUUUGCGAGGUUUUCUUCAUAGGUCCAAUUCCUGAGCUAGGAAGGAUUUUCUACGCUCGCGGCGGCACACUUCAGUAUCGCGUACGGCCUCGCUUCCGAACGCGCUGUCCGACGCUGGCGAAGGACGAACGCCUUGUGCAGAAAUAUGGCGGAGAUGGAUGCCCAGGUCUCUUUCCUGAAUGGGAUGAAGAUGGAAUCAUCGAGGAGCUCGAAGAGUGUCUCAACCCACCGCCUCCAGAGUCAGAGAGCUAUCCUGCGAAUCUCGAAUGGGAUAAUCUCGCUGCCUUCACUCCAGAAAAUGCAGAGGAAAGACCGCACUGGUACACACAUGUGCACUGGCCGACGCGGGUGGCGGUGCAGCGGGCGUUCGAGGCAGGCAUCGCAGACUUUCGCGAGGUGAUAGAAAAAGAGUACGAACAGAUGCUCGCAGAAGACCGACAAAGAGCGAGGCGAAUCCGGCACCAGCAAGACGAGGAAGACCGCAUUCGACGAGGGGAGAGCCAUGCUCGCAACUGAGAGAAACAGCCGCGUCUGACGUCGCCUAGACGCGUCAACAUGAGACGCUCAAACAGUCGAUGUGUGGGGGAACGCGCGCGUAUGUGCGACCAAACAUUGACAGAGGUUUUCACUGAAACUGGCAUUAAGCAUGCAUCCAUCGCCA